UUAUAAACAGCGUCACAAGGGUUGAUGAAAAAUAUGGCCUUGGACAGAAAAGGUGCCGACAUGGUCCGUAAGAAAAUAGCUACUUUCAAAAGCAAGAUACAGGAGGCGGGAAAAAGGACCGAAAAAGCGAAAGAAAGUCUUCAACUUGUACAAGAAAGCUUUGAUAGCACCAGGAGAUCGAAGGCAAGAGUGGAAGCGUUAAUUUCGAAAAAAGAGUCGCAACUAGAAAAAGUCGAAUCUCUCGUCGAUGGUGUACAAAGAAAAUGGGAUGCCUUAAAUAGAUUCCUCGAAGAAAUAACCAGCACAGGAGCUGAAUUAAGGAUGGAGAAUCAUAGCAGUAAAUAUGUCAGCGAAAUCGAUACCACGAUUGCGUCAAUUAAUGAGAGAACUAAAAUCGCUCAGAGGAAGUGUAAAGCGUGCGCUAACAGAGAACACGAAUUGCGCUUGCAAACGGAGGCGUCUCGAGAACGCUGUAUCCGAUUGGAAACCACUGCAAUAUCACUACAGGAAGAAUUAGCGGCUUUGAGAGAACGUGUUGAAGUCUUGGAGCAAUCAAGAAAACUACGGGAAACACGGAAGCUUGAAACGGAACAUUUAGAGAGUAAAGUGCAACACGCCAUUGCACGAGCUCAAGAAAACGAAAACUUGGAAUCUGAACUCGAGAAUCGAAUAAUCGAAUUGGAAGAUCAAAUCGAAAUGUAUACCAUGAAAAAGAAGCGAACUUCCAGUAUCCUGGAACAAACAAACGGUGAAAAGUCGAUCGAACCCUGGACAGUGACACUAUGGCUUCGAAGAUCUAGACUUGUUAACGGUGCCCCGUCUUCAGGUCCCGUUCCACCUACUUCAACAGAAUAAACUAUACAGCACGCAAAAAUCUCGUAAUCUCACGAAGAAUCCGUAAUACCAACUUAUGUGGGAAAGGAGAUUAGCGCGCAGAGCGACAUCAAGACUUCAACUUUUCAUUUUUACGAUCAUUCAAGUACAGCCUUUAAAUUAGUGUCUCGUCAAAAUAUUCCGCAAGACUGCCCAAAACAACCACCUUAAUUUGAUAUUAAAAUUCACGUUUCCUCGAGCGUUGUUUCGGAUUUUUAACAAAAAAAAUUCAAAUUAAGGGUAAUUAUCCCAGCGUCAAAGUCGUCUGAGUGGGAUAUUUUUAGUUUGUUUUAGUCUUGAUAUCGUGAACUCGAUGACCCGGCAAUCUUUUGAAAUUCUUUUAUCCGAGAUAGAAACGCAACACAUUAGAGUAUUACUACAACCACAACACGCCUCCGGAUCAAAUACUCAGCCGGGCAAGAAUAACAAAGACAUGCUCGGUUUAAGAGAGUUACAAGUUACAAAGAAAACACGCUUUCCAUUGUUGCAAAUUCCUGGCUAAAGAGUUGAAGUGUAACAUUGUAUUUCAAGUUCAAAUUUCAAGUGUGUCUACCUUCUGUAUUUCAAAUCAAUUUAUGCUUAAUCGUUUCCUGCUUUUUCAAAAUCAAUUGUAAUGGGCUGAGCCGUAAAAAACCAGUCAAUUAUCUAAGAGACAAAGAGCUCAAAGCGAUAGAGAAUAAAAGCUGGC